CCCUAUGGCUCGACGUGAGGCACUAAUGGCACUAAUUAUUUGGAAUUAAUGCUUUGGAAAUCUUAUCAAAAACUAUGCUAUGCUCGUGUAGUGUAUCUUAAGGCACUUUUUAAUUUUCGUAGAUAGAUUCCUAAUUUUGAUUGGGAUUCAAAUUGAGAUUUUUCCAUAAUGGCAUACUUAAAAGAGUGUUGCUUUUUGCCACAAAGGCAUUAUUCUUCUGCUCAUUUUUAAGCGAGAUAUGUAUAUUUUGGUUUGGUCGACACGUUACAUGAUCUGAUCCCGCAAUGGCUACGGAAACCGAAGCUACCUUGCAGCUGCUGCAUUCUCUGGUAGACUCUAAAGCUCAAGGGACACAUGGACCUCAGCAAGGGGAACCAGGUUGCUCAUCAGAAGCUUACAACAUUAAAUACGCUCAGUUUGACCGGGAUGUUACGGACAGAAUUCUAAGAGCCAUCGAGCAACUCCACAAAGUGAUUGAGAAUUUGAUGCCAGCCGAUUACAGCAUGAGUCUGAGUAUUUUGUUUGACAACAAUUGUGGUGUACUGAAAUUCGUACAAAAAAUCAUGUUGUGCAAGGAAUUGAACAACAUCUUCAACAAGACCCUCGAAUUCAUCAAAGGAUUCUUAGAGAAACUCAAAUUGUUUCUGCUUUUGAAGCAAAUUGCCGAUAUAAGGGGUUUGAUGCUUGAAGUUGCAAUAUGCAUUGACACAACUUCGAGAGAAAAGGAGCUAGCUUUGGACAAUUUAAUUCUGAUAUUUAGCUUGAGAAGAACCAUUCCGUCCAGAGAAGUUGUUCACACACUAAACGCUCUGUACAGAUUUGCAGUGACAUUUAGAAAGCCACCUCAGAGAACUUUCAGACGCAUUUUUGAAUUGUUGGGACUGAUUUGCAGAAACUAUAAAGAUGAAAUUGGCUCAGAAGAACUGAAAGUAGAAGAAAUGAUAUUGCAGUGCUUAGAAUCACAGGCUUUGCUCGAGUCUGACAAAUUACAGAGUCUGAUUGUCGAAGGUUGUCUGCUCGGAAUGAAACACAUAAUGACUGCAAAUCCUUUUUCUGAGGACGGAAAAGAAAGUGCUCAAUCAAAACUUUACAAAAUCCUAAAACAUUUCCUAGACAUAAAAUUUGCUCGUGAUGUUACUCCUGGUGGUCGAGAACUAGUUAAAGGACCUCAAAAAGCCGGACUUGAGAUUUUUGCAGAGCAUGGGUCGCAACUGGCUCCCCUUAUGUACAAUGACCACAAAUUCUGGCAUGAAACAUUUCUAUUCUGGGCAGCCCACAGACAUCCAAAGCUACAUCAGAUUGGAUAUCAGGGCAUCAGCACCUUUUACUACAUAAUUGGGCAGUACCUACAAGGAAGAAGUGACAGGGAAGACAAAGCUGUGUUUAACUACUUCAUGGACUACUUCAGAGAGACGGUGCUGUCCAUUGAAAACAACCACACAAUGUACCAAGUGAGUUUGGCUAUCCAAGGGUUUGGUAAUUUUUCAGGGCCUUGUGCCACUCUCAUGCGGCCGAAAGAAGUGCACAGCAUGUUCCUAACUAUUCUUCAGCGAGCAGAGGAAUUUUUGAGAUGUACAAAGGAGAAUGAUCCAAGCUUGGUCUAUCUGCCAAAGUAUGUGCUGGCUUUGGGUUCAAUAAUUGGCUCAAUUCCCAAUGUGGGGCCUCAAUUUCAAGCUACCCUUCAGUGCCUUUGUGUUCUCUUGUUUGAGCGAUUCCCAACUCUGCCUGUUUUUGCCCACCAAGGCUGUAUUGAGGCUCUUUUGGUUACUUUCGACACCCUUCUUACAAAAAAGAGUGUCAUUGCAGAGCAGUUUAUUGAUGAAGUUGUUUACCAGUCCAUCAUCAGAACUUGCUCGCAUGUGAUUUCCAUUGAUGCAGAAAUUUAUAAAGAAUCGAUGACGCCGUAUGCAGCUUACAUGCUCAUUACCUACGACCGAUUCCUUCCUGAAUGGGAAGGUAUUCUGAAUAUAUCUCAAGAGAUUCACUUCAAAGGUCUAUUGCCUGAAAGAUGUAAGAUCAUUGGCGAGGAAGUUUUUACUUCUUUUGCACAAUCAAUCAUAAAAUUGGUUAAGAAACUAGACCUCAAGACUCAAGAGAGAAAACCGAGAGAAACACAUGGGGAGGAAAUGGAGCCGACUUUUGCUUCUGAGGUUUGUGGAUCAGAUCCCGAGACAUGCCUGGAAGCGUGCACACCGAAAGACUUUCAAGUGUUUAUCAACCUAGUGGAUUUGUGCCACGAUUUGCUGCCCAAAGUGAAAACAGAAAAUUUCCUCAAAUGGGCCGACAGUCUGAUUGAAACACUUGUUUUCCAAGCUGUCAGGCAGCCCCUUGUCAGCGGGUUUAAUAAACUCCUCACUCUGUGCCUUACUGCUUGCCAGAAAGCAAACUACUUCAAAGAUCUUGGUCCUGAGAAAAGCAGAAAAAAUCAGAUCUUCCUGUUGCUUGGAAGAUUUUACAUGGACUUGAUCAACGGGAUGAGUCAGUUUAAAGGAGACCUUUUGCUUUCAUGCAUCAGGUUAUUACUUGCAACCCCAAUUGGCCACGUUCCUACUUUGGUUCCAUAUUUAGCACCUCCUUUCAGGAUGGGUCUGAAAAUGGGCAUGAGUUACCUCAAAAUAACGUCAGAGCUGGUUGAGACAUUGUCGAAAUGGAGCUUCGAGCUUCCCCCUGGCACUCUUGAGCCGUUUCUGUUAGAAAUUGUUCCUCUCUUUGACCAGUACCUCCAUAGUAAAGACCAAAGUGACAGCUCUGAUGCGCCUGUAGAGCUUGUCGAACUGCAAUCAAAAAAGCAUUCCGUGAUUCGAGUGUCUCGGCGCAACAACCAGACAGAAGCAGGGGAAAAAGAUUCGGCGCUGGCCUCCUUGCAAAGGAAAAUUCUUAUUUUCUUGGCACAACUUGACUCUCCAACUUGUCUUUCGCUUCUCAAGGUUGAUGAUUUCAAAAUCGCAGAAGAAGCCAUUUCAUGGACAACGCUCAAACUACUUAAGCUGGAUUUGCCAUUUGCUGAGAUGAAACCUUCUAUCUUUAUUGACGACUUUUUGCCCCAAAUUUGCAAACUGACUUUAGAAAGUAGUGACAGGCAUACAAGAAUCACUGCUUGUGAAAUGCUCUAUUCCAGCGUUCUCUUCAUUUUGGGCACUGCUGUGCAAUUGAACGAAAAAACGGCCGAGUAUGCUGAGUUACCAAAAAUCACCAAGAAUGUUGUUCCGACUAUUUUGCUUUUGGGUUGCGACUCUGAUGUCCUUGUAAGACAACUUUUUCAGCCUCUUGUAAUGCAAAUAGUUCACUAUCAGACAAACCAGCAAAAAAUUGGAACAAACGAAACUAUUGUUCUUCUGGAAAACAUUAUGGAUGGCUUGACUGACAAGGAAAAUGUUGCGCUAAGAGACUUCAGUUCCAUCUGCCUGCGUGAGUUUGUCAUUUGGACUAUCAAACAAUGUGGUUCAAAGGUGGAUCCAACCUCACCAACCAGUCUCGAAGGAAUUCUGAGAAAAAUAUCUUUGCUGAGUCUCCACCCCAACCAGUUCAAAAGACUUGGUGCUGCGUUAGCUGUGAAUAGUUUGUAUACAGUCAUUAGAGAGCAAAGAUCAGUAGACGACUGCUGGAUGGAGCUGCUAUACUAUCUGGUCAGUAGUUUGCUGAUGGUCGAUUCAAGCGAUGAGUUGACAGGCAUCCAAAAUCAGACAGUCAAAGCACUUGACCAUGUCGAACGAGUUCUCAGAGAAAAAUCAGCAAUAUUCAACAAGAAAUCGGAGCACCGAAAGACUCCACCAGAGUUUGAUGGGAAUCUUCUGAGAGAUGCUGUUCUGUGGCUGUUGAAGAACUGCUCGUCAAGAAUAGAGGCUUGUAGAAAAGUCUGCAUGGACUUGGUCCUUAAACUUGCUGUGUGGAGUAUUCCUGGCUCCAAGGACAAAACAAGAGCCAUCUCGGAAAUCUUAAAAGACCAGACAACAAAUAUCUUCGUCCUUUGUGAAGAUGCAGGAGACCAUGCCCUGAAGAGGCUUGAUUCAACUUCGAACCAAAGUUUACCAAUGCAAUGGCUGCUAACUUUCCAGGGGUCCCUGGAAUGCUACUCUUUUUUGCUCUCCAAUGAGCUUGUGCCCCUUCUAAACUUGAUCAAAGGGGAUGCCCAGGUUUUCAAAGCAACCUCGGACUUCUGCCAUUGGACUGUGAGCAAGCUGGCCUCCAUGGAAGUAGACGAAAAGUUCACCUUAUCAGUCAGAGAAGCAGAGGAACUGGAAGCUGAGAAUUGCAAAGCUCUUAUUGCUGUCCUCGAUUUUGUCUCCUGCGUUUUGGAAUCCAAGUGCCUGGAAUAUGAUGCGGCUCUCCUGAGCCCAGCUGUCUGCACUGCAAUGAGCCCUUUGCUGGGCAGCAACUUCUGGAAAAUAAUUUGCUUACUACUUUUUGAACCAGGAUCUCUCUCCUUCUCAUUAAAAAAUCAGUCUUUGCUUGAUAAAAUGCGCCUCUCCCUAAAAAAGUGCCUUGCAAUUUCUCAAAACAAGCUGAAUUUGGAAAGUAAGAAGAAAAUGGGCAGUGCCUUGAGGAACUACUUUGAAGAACACAAAGAACACUCGGAACUUUUCAGUGAAACUGGAGAGCUUUCCAUAGAUGAAGAAACAGUUGAUGCCAAGCACUGUUUUGUUGAAGGCUGUCUCUUACUAUUAGAGUGCAACAUUAAAGAUUGCAUUCACAUGAACUUGCCUUGGAACACAUCAAAAAGAAUACUUUUCGGGAAUACCCUUUGCGAAAAUAUAUUUGGAAGCUUUUACUAUGGACAAGAUGAGCUCGUCUUCGUUGCUAAGUGUUCGCCAAGUGCAUUUAGCUUCCUGGUAACAUUCUUAAGGCUUGCCUUUAAACUUGGUGUACAAAAAACUUUACUUUAUCACCAACUUCUGAACAACACUCCAGUCGAAGACUUGGAGAGCAAGAUUGUUACCACUGUUGGGCUAUUAGUUACCAACAAACUGCGAGCUUUGAUCUUCAAUUACCUGCUUGAAUCCCCAGUUGAGUCUGUUUUGUGUCUGCUUAGCUCUGAGGUUACCGAUCAUCGCACGUCAGAGAUUAUUCAAAUCAGCAUUGACGAUAAACUAGAAGCUGUAAAUAUAUUGCGUGGUAUUCUUGCAGAAGUCCACAAAAACGAAAUCAUCAGGGAGAGAUAUCACGGAGAAUUAUGUCAUGCAAUUAUGCAGAGUUUCCACUUGGUGACAAGCUGCGAGGGCCAAGCUUUUCUGGAGGUGACAGAGUUGGUUGCCUAUAUUGCUGUCAUGAUGCCGUCUGAUUCUAAUGAUUGUAAAUACAUUGUCGAAUGGAUUGAAAAGAAACUGAAAGCCAGUGACAUUGAUUUGGGCUUAAAACGACGUUGUUUAGAUGCUAUCACUCCAAUUUUUAAUUGGCACGAAGACCACCAAAACCAACUGAUGUCAGCGUUAAAUGGAAUGCAGGCUCAGUUUUUCCCAUUGUUUUCAAGUCACCUCAUACCAGAGAGUUCUGAAAUUGUGAGCUACAAAGCAAUCUUCAACCGCCUGCUCACGAUCAUGCUUAUCUCUCAAAGUGUGAAACUUGUCCUCUUUAUUGCAUCUGUGUCUAGCAGAGACUCGGACCACGUCAGCAAGGAGGAAAUCCAAGAUGCACUAAAGCUGUUAAUGAAAAGAAUGGCGCCUGAAAAACAAAUAGAAGUGAUUAAGAGUCUGUUUGAAGCAUUUGAACGAGAAAAAGAAGUCGACGAGAAGAGUGGUUAUGUUAACCAGUACCUAGUUCCUAUUCUUGAAAGCUGUCACUUGUCUGUCUUGGAAGAGUUCUUUACCAACUCAAUCCAAAAUAUAUGGAAGCACAUACAGAGGAAAUUUGACCCUGUGCGCAACAUUCAGGCUUUCAAGUUGCAGAUCAUUUCAAAGUCAGGGUGUUAUAAGAUGCUGCAACUUUUGUACGGCAGGAUGAGUCACGCUGACCUUCAACCAGAAAAACCCAUUGCUAAAUCCUUUAAAGAAAUUUCACCUACGACCAGUCUCAACGCUUCAGUCACCAAAUGCGCCUAUUCUGCUCGUUCUGAGAAAAUUAUGAUUCGUAAAGAGGAAGAGAGUUUAUACAGAGAGUACCAAUGCUGCGCUUUGAAUACACUGAUAGCUGUGAUUUGCUGCCUCUACCCUGAAGUGCAGCCCUCGGAGUACCGCAAGUACUCUCAACUCUUAUUCCCGCAUGCCCCUGAUGAAUCACACUGGGACAAAAUCAUUGAUUGUGACAAGAAUUUCAACCUUCGAAUGGAUUUUGACCAAUUACCAGAGAAAAAACAAAUGCUUGUGAACAUCCGGGCAGAUGCAAGAGAUAUGCGGCGCAAAACCAACCUGCGAAUAGGCAGUGCCAGCCUGAGGUCACAGACUGUUCAAUACCUUGCAUCUCAGCAACUUUUUGGCAGCUCCUUGUCUGAAGACGUCACUCGAUUUGACUUGAGCAAUGUUGACGUCAUUUGUCCUGAGUCCCAGAGCAUCACAUCAGAGGAAGAUGUGGACAUGCAAGAGGAGGUUUUGCUGGAGCUCGACACAAUAAACAAACACCCAUGUAUGCCUAUGAUAUGUGGCGUGAUCAUGAGACUUGGUGCAAAGAUCAAACCUCAGAAUGAAUUACCACCAUGGAUGGUUAAUUUCAAGGACACUUUGAAAGACUCUCGUACAAAGCCAAAUGUGAAGCUCUUCCUUGUCAAGAUAAUUCUCAAUACGGAAGAAGUUUUCCGCCCCUAUGCAAAAUACUUCAUAGAGCUUAUCAGCUCGGUCGCUAAUGAGAAAGCUCUGGGCAAAGAAGCCAACUACAUUUUGACCGACACUGUUUCUAUGCUGCUGGGUUGGCACGAGCAGGCCACUCCGGAUGCAGCAAACGCACUCCAAAGAAUGGAGGCCAGUAAUCUGCUAUCCUUUCUGAUGCGCCUCAGUGUAAAUCCACGAAGAGACAUUUCCAGAUACAUAUUAGAACUAAUCAAGACCAUGUUGGAAGUGUGGAAGCGAAGUCUUAGUGUUGAUUUCCAGCUGCUCUUUGACCUAAUUUCCAAACAGUCCAACCAAAAAUUGGUGUACGGCGGACUCCAGCUGGUUGCCGUUCUGCUUGCAAACAAGUUGCUCCCGUGGAACAGCGCCUCGGAAGUGGAGUUUCUGGAUGCAUUGUUGGAAAAGCACUUUGUCAGUCCGGACAAGAAGACCUUCCACUUGGCGGCAGAGAAUCUUGGGCUUUUGCUGAAAUGGCUAUUUGGGCCUCCAGAACACUGGGGCCAGGCAGCAUCUAUGGACAGGGACGCACUUCUGAGACGAGUGAUUAAAAACCUCAACUUGGUCAAAGAGCAAAAGAGUAUUUUCUAUAUCAGUCUGCACACGGUCCAUCGACACUUUCCGCAAGUUGUUGACUCAUUCUUGCACCGUAUCAUGCACGACUAUCCUCAGUUGAUUGGAGUCUUUAGAACCCAAGCUCUUGACAUGGUGCUGAGCAGACUGGAAACUUUAGAGGACAAGUGGCAAGAUAUAAUCAACUUGGGCCUGGAUCGACUACUGCUGAGCUGUGAGCCAAUAGAGCAAGAAAUUGCCCUCAAGAUUGUCGUUAAAAUGAUUUCCGAACUGGACACCCAGCAGACUCUUUUCUAUGUGAAAAAAGUGCCAAAAGUUCUCAAAGAGUCGCGAGUGGAAAACCGAGACCAUGCGUACCAGCUUCUGAUGAGGGUCUUAUUAAAAUUUCUCCAUGCAACUCAUGGAGACGAGGCUGAGCUGAAAAAAUUGGCAACGGCUGCUUUAGUUGGUGGUCUCUCCGACCCUGAGCCUAGUCUUCAGAAAAAGAUUCUUGCGUUUUGGAGGGAAAACGGUAUAAACUCCGGAGAAACCCUUCCAGAGCGCUUUGUAAAUUGGCUUAGAGUUUUGUUUACCAACAAAGCUGCAAAUCUUUUCUUAGGCUGCUUUGCAGAACUGCUGCUGGAGGAGCUCACGUCUUCGCCAGACUUCGAGAGCAACCUUUUCGACCACAAACUGAGUGAAUGUGUCUACGAAGAAAUGCAGCCGCUGGUCUCAUGGCGCACUCAGCACGCCUCUGUACAACAGCCUUUGUUUGUGCAGACUCAGGCCAGUCAGGUGAUGUCCCAAUCUCUUGGGGGGACCUUUCCUGGUGCUGGAUAUCUCCGAGCCACUCAACAAGCUUUAGCUUUUGAUCCGACAUAUGACGAACCAGAAGAAGCAGAUGAUUCCGAAUCAUUAGGACAAUUUGCUGCCAGUCAGUCUAGUCUGCUUUUUAAUUUGGUCUCUGCAAAGAAAAGAUCAAGAAAAUCUUCCAUUCCUUCUCAACUACCUGAAAUCGAGUCACAGCCCAUUUCACACUUCCGAUUUGUGUCUGAUGCCAAAAAGAAAAGAGCAUUUUUUGCCAAGAAGGAGUUGAUUUUGAAAAGCAGACGUACAGACAUUUCUCGAGAGCACAAACAGAAAAAGGAGGGCCAAGUAAGGCUGUACAGGAAAUACCGUAUUGGCGACUUCCCAGAUAUAGUGAUUCCUCAUAGUGCACUUCUGAGACCUCUGCAGGCUUUGGCAAAGCGGGAGCAACAGCUUUCAAAAACACUCAUUGUGUCUUUUUUCACUGGAAUGUGCUCCAAACUUAAAGAGGCUAAUUCGAGCCAGUAUGAAAGCUUUCUGCAGGAACUACAACAAGAGCUUAAGUUGAUAUUUGAGAACACCACUGGCUGUGUGCCCAUGCUUCUGAGCUCAAUUAUGGAAAUUUCCUUCAGGGUGGAAUUUGAGCUCAAUCCAAAUCUCAUUGUUGAUGUCUGCUCAGUGAAUAGUUUGGCGCCACUUGGAUGCCUCCUUUUAGAAAAAUACAUCUCAGUGCCUUCGAGUGAGCCGUUGUCUAAGAAACCACGCCAAGAUGUAGUGCAGACGGACCAGGAGAAAAGAAAGUGGCUAAAACUUGCAGAGCUUUAUCAACUAUUGGAGGACCGUGACAUAGUAUUAGCCAUCAUUUCUAAAGCUGCUCAAGAUGGCUCGAGUAAUGAACUCAAAGAAGCCGUUCAAGCUGAAGCAGUCGGUGAUUGGCUCCAAGCACGAAGACUCUACAGUAUCUUCUUGGACGAAGUGGACAUUUUUUAUUUCCCGCCCGAGUAUGACUUCACGCUGGACUCUUAUUGCAAGUGUCUUGAAAGGAUUUCCAAAUGGGAAGAAAUUGGUGAAAAAAUUUCAGAGGUGGCAAAUAUAGAAGAUGGGAAUGCGUCACCGUUGUGGCAAGAUGCUUGGAAUCAAGAAAAGUUACUCCCAUGGUUCCUGAAAUCACAGAUCUUUGAAAUCUUAGAGGGCAGUAAAGAAAAGCAUCACCUUUCCGAGCUAGUCAAAAACUGGUUUAAUGUCUCCGAGUAUUUGAGUGUUUUGAAGAAUCGUUUUAGUGAAGAGAUGUCAUUGAUUUGUCUGAUGAACAAUGACAUGGAAAAAAGUGGAUUCUACUCAAGGCUUGCUCUCCAGAUUCUCUUUGAGCAGUGGUCUGUCCUCAGCACUCUGCUCCCUAGAUCCAGAGCAAAGAAACUCUCAAACUUGCAAACCUUAGCUGAGCUUAUACUAUUUGCCGAAGUUGGCGUGCAGGAAGAUUUCACCAAGUAUGAAAAUCAGUUGGAAAGAUUGUGUGAAAAAUGGAGCCUGAGUCAGCCAAAUGCAGUGGACUCGCUUUUGAUGUGGGAAGCAAGAGUCGAAUAUAGGAGCUACUUUGCUUCAACAGCACUAGCCACACUCGACCAAACAGACUGCAAAAACGCCCGAUUAUACCAAUUGCUCAGACAAACCAAACCAAAACUUGAACUGGCCCUGGUUGAUUUGGCCAUCAAGCAGAACAACAUCAGUGUGGCCUCAAAGUUCAUCAAGAGCACGCAAAGAUUACGAGGUGACAGUGAGCUGGGCUUGAAGUGGAAAAUGACACUUGGACGUGUGAAGUGGUUAGCGGCUCAAACGAAAAAGGAUCCAUCUGCCUGCAUCAAAGACACAGCUAUAGCAUUUUUAGAUCUAUAUCAAUCGGUUCAUGCUCAUGCUGGUAGUCUUUUGUCGACCCUGGAGAAACAGCAAAAAGCUACAAUCAAUGGUGAAAUGGGGGAAAUCGUGUGGUCCAUUGCUAAGUUUUACAGAGACAAUGGAAACCUAGACGUGCCGCCAGAACUUAAUCAAAUAUUCUCCACUAUUGGCUCUCAACCAACAAAUACUAGAGAAUUAAUCGAGAGCUUAGAAAGUUAUGGCCAAAGCAAGGCGCAGGAGUCUGUUGAUCUGUUGAUUUCAAAUGAGAAUAUUGGAAGCAAUGAAAUGGUAGUUGAAGCUCUGAUGAGGAUUGUGCGACACGCAAGAGCUUUGGAUUCCGUAAAACUCUCAAAGAGUGAGGAGCUCGAACUUAAACGUAAUUUAAUCUCGUGCUUGUUGGAGGCGAUGAGGCUCGGAUCAAAAGAGGCCCGUAUGCUCUUUCCAGGGCUACUCCACAUGGAAGAAGUGACCAAAGUUUUUAGCGAGCUAUUUAUUGAGAAGGUCAACCAAGUGCCCGAAUGGAUGUUUCUAGGUUGGUUGAAUCAGAUUUUGGCCUUCAUCGAAACAGACAAAGUGGACAUCAUUGAGGAACUGCUUUUGCGAAUUGGCAAAACGUACACCAAUGCACUUGUUCUUCCUUUCCAAUUUGUCUUAGAAAGAGUUUCCGGAAAGUAUUAUGCAGUUCGGCCUAAAACGAAGAAAUUGAUCAAAAAGUUAGAAUCGAUGUUGGUGGUUGACAGCCUGAGUGGCACCAUGAUCAGAGCGUUUUGCAGUGUGAAGCAGCCAGAAAUUGCAAUGCGCCCGCACAUCAUGAACCUUGCAAGAGCGAUUACAAAAGGCGACAUCGAUGACAUCAAAGAGCAAAAUGACAAGAUGCUAAUGGACUUAUUCCAAGGAGAAAAGCAAGACUUGCUAAUGCACGGGGAUGUGUACACUUUUGUGGCGGAAUUGACGAGACAAGUCGAAAAUGCUGUCAAGCCUUUGCUAGAAAAUGCUCGAAACUUCAAGGGCAACUGUGAGGAAGCUAUGAAUGUUUUAAAAAUUUUGCUGCCCAAGCUCAACCGUGCUGUUGAUCAUCUAAAAGUGAACUCGUCAAGAAAUUUGGUUGAUGACUUUUGUCCUUGGCUGGCAAAAUUCCAAGCCUGCAAAUUCACAACAGAAGUCGAGUUAUUCGGACAGUAUACGGGAGAUAAAAUUCCAAAUCCAAAGCACCACAUCAAAUUUAGCACUUUUGACCCUUCUCUUGUGGUUUUGAAGUCAUUGAGACAGCCUAUCAAGCUUUCCUUCGUUGGAAGCAAUGGUCGGAACUACUCCUACAUUGUGAAAGCUGGUGAGGAUCUUAGGCAGGACGAGAGGAUCCAGAUGCUGUUCAAAAUGAUGAAUGGCGUUUUUUCACAAGAUAAUAUUUGCAGAGAAAGGCAAUUCAAGCUCAAAACCUAUCAGGUCAAUCCGCUGAACUCUCGGUGUGGUGUCAUCGAGUUUGUACCAAAUUGCAUGACCUUAAAGGAAUUCUCUGAAGCAGCUCUAACUAAGACUGAGAAAGCUCAAAUAAAUUCCGUGAGGUAUACAUUUGAACAGAAAAUGUUAAACGAGCUGCCUGGAAGGGCGCACAAGGAUAAAUUCAAAUUUAUGUACUUGAAUUGGAAUGAGGCCAAAACUCUGCAAACCUUCCAUCACAUGACGAACGCUGCACCACCUGAGCCACUUCUGCGCUCGUUCAUGCAACUGAGCAGCAGCAACGAAGGAUUUUUCUGGCUGCGCCAAAAUUUUACUUGCAAUCUAGCCAUUCUUUCAGUGUGCCACUGGCUGCUGGGAAUUGGCGAUCGGCAUCGAUCAAACACCAUGAUCUGCCAGAGGACAGGAAUUCCUGUUGGAAUUGACUUUGGGCAUGCCUUUGGAUCUGCGACUCAAUUCCUCCAAGUGCCAGAGCUCAUGCCGUUCAGACUGACUAAACACAUUUCCGAGCUCAUGGGGCCACUUGGAACUCAAGGUACCUUCAGAGCCAGCAUGAUUCACGCUUUGUGCGCUCUGAGGAAGGAUCACGAGUUGCUAUUGAAUUUGAUGCAAGUUUUCAUCCAAGAGCCGUCACUGGACUGGAAGGAACAUGCAAAAAAUUUAGCCAAGUCCCAGGGGUUCAGCAGAUCCGAGUACAAGUUGGAGGACGACUCGUCAAGCUCUAAUGAAGAGGAAAGUAUGGCUGUGGCUUUUGCUGAACAGAAAAUUGAACUUGCCACCGACAAAUUGAGAGGCGUUUUGCCUGCGUUGGUCACAGAGGAAGAGCUGUUGACAGGUGUAGUUGACACUGAAGUCAAGAGAGCACUUGUAAACCUUGUCAGGGGCAAAAGAGGUUCAUUGAGAGAUCAACUAAGGCAUGAAGCAAAGGAGCAGAAGAAAAGUCAAUCCCUGGAAACACUGCUUAAAGCGCAAUUCUCAGCAGAGCAACAAGUGGACUGCUUAAUCGAACAAGCGACUGAUGAACACAUUCUCGGAAGCACUUUCUGGGGAUGGGAUCCUUGGUAUUAAACAUAUUUAAAACAAAGGGGAAUGCCGGAAGAUAAACUAAUAGUCUAAUAUAUAUCCAUUCCUUAAUGUUUUCCAUUGUAAUUUUUAAUUAUGUUUUCAAUAAAUUUCUUAGUUUUUUAAUAACAUUUUUUUCAAAAUAAAU